AUGGCUUCCAGGCUGGUCCUUUUCACCCUUGCCGCACUGGGUGCUGCGAACCCCAUCAACCCUGGUGGUCGUGACGCCGAGCGGCCGGCCCGCAGACACAUCGGCGGCGUCGGACACCUUGCCCGUGCCGUGAUGGCGCCCCAGCAGGCCAAGGUCGAGGUCCGCUUCGCCGGGCCCGGCGGCGGCGGCCCGGGCAACAACGGCUCUUGCGAGGACGACGGCAGCGACGUCGGCUCCAAAGCCGACCCCUCCACGGAUAAGUCCAAGGAUAAGUCCAAGGACAAGACGAAGGACAAGAGCAAGGACAAGAGCAAAGAUAAGAGCAAAGACAAGAGCAAGGAUAAGAACAAGGACAAAGGCAGCGGCUCCGGCUCUGGCUCUGGAUCUGGAUCUGGAUCUGGGUCUGGUUCUGGUGGCAGCAAGUCAGGCGGCAGCAGCGGCGGCGGCGGUUCGAGCUCCGGAGGCGGCGGCGCCUACCUUGGGGGAGGCGGAUCUUCGGCGAACAACGGCACAACUCCGGGAGGUGGUGGCGGCAGCAGCGGCGGUGGCGGCGGACUCCAAAAGACCUUCCCCACACCCGCCGGCACCGAGAACCUCUCCGCAGUCAAGAAGAUCACCGGCGCUUUUGACGGAGGCAUGAAGCUGUACGACCGCGUCCCGAGUACCUGCACCGGCGGCGAAGGAAACCGCAACGACGCCGCUUUCAUCCUCGAGGACGGCGCGACCUUGAGCAAUGCCAUCAUCGGAGGCGGUGCCGGUGAAGGUGUCCAGUGUGUUGGCAGCUGCACGCUCGAGAACGUCUGGUGGGACAAGGUCUGCGAAGACGCAGCCACCUUCCGACAGACGGGCGGCAAGUCGACGGUCCGCGGCGGCGGCGCGCGCGGCGGCUCGGACAAGGUCUUCCAGCACAACGGCGGCGGCGAGGUCGAGGUCAUCGACUUCUACGCGCAGAACAUCGGCCAGCUGUACCGCUCCUGCGGCAACUGCAAGGAGCAGACGGCGCGCACGUCGACCUUCACCAACAUCUACGUCGACGGGGCCAAGACCAUCGUCCACGUCAACGGAAACCUGGGCGACAAGGCGACUGUCAACGGAGCCUGCAUUCUGGGCGGUGCGACCGUGUGCAAGAACUCCAAGGGUGUGACUGGCGGCGGCGAGCCUGGGGAUGCGCCUAACGACCCCAAUGUCUGCUCCGAGACCAAUGUCAAGACUUCUGGCUGUUAA